CUUCAUAUUGUUCCAUCCUUACUCCUUUUCCUUUUCAUAUGAUAUAAAAAUAAAAUAAUAACAUUAAUAUCAACAACAAAAAUAUUCCCCUCUUCACACGCACACAUUAUUUUACAAUGACCUUCUCUAUACCCUUUUUACGACCACGGUCAUUUUCUCUUUAUACCACCACUACUACCCCAUUUUGGGAACGCAACGAUUGGUCUCGACGACAUGGUUAUCAAUAUCCUUACGAUCCUUACCUUUUACUUCAGUGGACUGCUUCUAUUAUACUUGAUCUCUUAUUUUAUUAUUUUCUUAUUCAUUUUAUUACACCAAUACCUGAAACAACUUUAGACAUCACAUGGCAAUGGGUUCAUCAAUGGCCACUAGCUGAUAGAGAAGGUCCUGAUUCUUCUUCUUGGUUAUGGGCUUCUUAUGCACGACAGAUUAUGGCUAUGAUUUGUAUAGGUAUCAAGGUUUUAAGUAUUAUUACAUCAUUUAUCGACACUGAAGAUCCUAUUAUUCAAGCGAAUCGAACAACUCGAAGCAAAACUUAUGUUAGGAAAUAUGGCCUUUCUGUGAUUGAUCCUUAUACUAGUAUAUGUGGUAUUUGUCGAAUUAAAGUUCCCAAAACAACUCGUCAUUGUAAAUUAUGUAACAAAUGUAUUAGUGGGAUGGAUCAUCAUUGUAAAUGGUUGAAUUGUUGUAUUGGAGAAGCGAACUAUAGGUUCUUCUUUAUUUUGGUGACAUCUGCUUUUCUAUCUCUGGUUUGGUAUUCAAGUUUGACUAUUUAUGUGGUAUUUUUAUGCUUUUAUAGAAAGAAUAUAUUUAUGGCUCAUGUGAUACAAAUACUUGAUUUGACCAAAGAUCAAAAUGCAUUCGAUACGCUGACUACAAAAUAUUACUUGUUUAUGUUUUUGGCAUGUAUUGUUGCUCUAUUUGCAAUUUCCGCCUUGGUGGCUAUGGUUAGACUUUUGGGUUUCCAUAUCAGACUAGCAUUUUUGAACAUGACGACCAUCGAAUUCAUCAGCCGUCCUAUGAAUCGCAAAACAUUAUACGAUAAUAGUUCAACAGAUGAUGAAUACGACGACGAUGAUUAUUCGGAUUCAGAUUAUAACAAUGAUAAAAAUGAAGAUAUGGAGUAUGAAACAGACGAUAAUCCCUGGCGAAGAUCUUGGAAUACAAACAUGUUGGGGUCACCAAAACAAGAAGGACAUGUGAUGGGCGUUUUACCUGGCUGGGCUCGCACAACCAUACGACGAUGGAUACCUAUGGGUUACCGAUACCGACGAUUAGCUCAUGGAAAUAGUAUUACGAAAGAUGGAACGAUGAUCAGCAAGUUUAUACAGUGGUGCUAUAUCAUUCUUCCUCAACAACAACAAAAACGACGACGACGACGACGACAACGACAACGUAGGUCAUUGCAUGUAGGACAAAAUGAAUAUUCAAUUGGAGGACAAAGUAUAAUGGAUGAUGUCAAUUUAGAAGAAAUUUUAGCAACAAAAACAAUUCGACCCAAGGCAAAUUUGGAUGAUGAUGAUGAACCUAAUUAUGAUGAUGAUAUGGGAUUGGAUACAACUAUUUUGAUGAAUGAAAGCUCUACCAGUAAAGCAUGGGAUUCAAGCUACACCAACGGUCGUCUGUUAUCUCCACUUGGGUCAUCCAAUGUAUUACGAUCCGUGUUUUCUUCAACAACCUCAAAAGCGGCAAGAUUAUUGGAUAUUUCGGAUAAUGAAGCAAAAAUAUAUCAAGCUAGUAGUAGUAGUAGCAGUAGUAUUAGUAGUAAUAGUAAUAAUAGUAUCCCUGAUACUAUCUCCAUUGAUUAGAAAUAAAUUAUAAAUGAUUA